CUAAAACAUCUGUUAAGAGCAUCGUAAUAGAGAGGUCAAGCAAAAGUUCAAAACCUAAGAGGAGAGGAAUUAAGCAAAUGGGUCUGGAGUGGUAAGAUAAAAUCGAUUGAUUUUGAAGCAGUUGUAGACUUCAGCUGUCAAAAGUGCCAUAGAGAUUGUUUUUUCUCCAAAUAUUUUUAAAGCAGAUGAAGCUGGUGAACAAGAAUAAAUUAUCCGUGCUUAUUUAGUGAGUAUUAAGUUAAUUAAAUGUGUGUUAAAUUAACAAUAGGUGUUACAAAGAAAAAUAUGUUCCUUCAUCUAUGUCAAUGUAGACACGUUUAAAACCGUAUGAAUUAAAUAUAGCUCAUGAAGCCUUCAGCUGUAGUUGUUAGAGUUGUUUUUCUUGACCUAUUGUUUUGUAUUAAGUUGUUUAGUACAGUUAAAACUGUCAGUGGAUAAAAAUAAUUGCCACAUGCUUUUACAGUCUCCUUGAUGGAAAUCUAUACAUCAGUUUUAUGUCUCUGUUGAAUGCAGUUCUAAAUAUGCAUUCUCCUGCAACCUAAUAAAAAUAGUAAAUAAAAAUUAUUGUUUUUUAAAAUUUUCAUAAAAAUCCCGCCAAGGCCACAGAUGGGAUUUUUAAAAGGCAACAUUUGUUGUUAGAGUUUGAUUUGAUUUUCCUCCAUUUUUUUGCUUUCAUAGUGAGGUUGUAACUCAUGGGCAGUUCUGUUGCAGUUCUGUAUAUCACCGAAAUGCUAAAAGCGUCAGCUUGUGGAUGGCAUGUGGUUGUGUUUGCUUAUCUGCGCAUAUACACAGUUUGGACGUAUAAAUGUGCAUUUCCUCCCCUCUCUUUCUAGUUGGACUGAUCCAGAGGUUUCUUGUGCUUCAGAUUUAUGUACCCCUGGGACAAGACUUCUCCACUGAAUUGCUAAUUACUGAUUUAGGAAACAUCAAGAGAAGAUUAUAUUUAUCAACGGUCCAUAAGGAACUGUCCUCAACCCCUCUUCAUGCGAAAAUCCCACUCUUCAUGAUCAAGCGCAAAAUUUGGUGCAAUCUUUGCAUUGACUUGGUAGCGUUCACUGGUGAAAUAUUCAAGGGAGCAGUUUUCCAGUCAUUGGAUGGAAUUAUUGUCUCGGCUAACUGUAAGCUACGGAAGAUCUUCACUUUAAAAUCAAAGCCGCAAGAUACUACCGAUAAAGAUGACCAGUUCAUUCACCGAGGAGGCAGUGUGCGGAACAAUAAAAGUCAAGAUGUUUGUCAUAUCGCCUUUGGAUCCAAAGUUCUUGGACCACCUCCAUUGUCUGGCAGAAGGAAUAACAUGAGGCUAUCCAGUGAGACAGUAAGAUCCAUUGGGUCAAAAAAUCACCGAUCCUGCCUGCAGUCCACUGUAGAGAAGUGUGUUAGCAGUACAGAUGUGUCAGCCUUACUGGUAUCUGAGUCUGAGGAGCAAGGAGAUAAAGAAAACAUUCGCCAAAUAAAGCAGCCUGUACCUGUUCAUGCCGGUCUACAUAUUAUGCACCCACAUCCCCCUCAAGAACCAUUGGCAGAUAAGAAGAACAACAGCAGAAGAUUACGAGUACAAAGCACCGGCAGGGACAGGACAGAGACGCCCGGCGGCAGUUCUUCAGGAAAUAACAGGAGCGAAGAUAAAGCAACACCUGUCCUCACCUCUGUGUCUCAGCAAAGAGAAGAGACGGUGAAGCCCAGCACCCUGGGACCCCAGGCUCCUGAUCCAGCAGAUGAGUGGAUAUUUCCUGAAAAUUAUGAUCGCAUUCCCCACUUGGAAUCCAGCCGACGGUCUUUACUUCUGGAUGAUGACUCCUUCAGCGCUUCACAUCUGUGGCCAGAAGUCAGCCAGGAACAUGAUCACAGCCGUCAAGCUGAGGAGACCCAGAUUGUUGCGAAGGACAUUUUCACUUUUUCCUCGAGACCGCGGUCAGCACCUCGUGGGAAGACUCAGAGCACGUCCCCAGAGGAGUGCGCAUUAGUUUGGGAUCUAAAAGAGAGUAACAGUGGACCAAAUGGAGGUGCCCAGCUGGAGGAUGACAGCAGCGAAGAGGUACACUUUUUGAUGAGCCACGUAGUUUUAAAGCACAAUUGUUCAUUAGCUGCAAGAGCACAAAGCGACUUUGAAACAAGUUUGGUGCCUACACUCUGCCUUUCUCCCCCUGGAAGGAGAUGUGAAUCUUCUCAGGAAACUCCAGAUCCCAUUAUCAAAGCAAAGGACCUACCAUCCCAUCAAGUGCCAGCUUCAAUAAACAAAACCUUCCUAAAAGAAAUUUCAGGGGAAAAGUUGAGACAGAUCCCUGAAGUAUCCGAGUAUGACUGUAGAAACUAUCAGCCGAGCCAGAUGAGUGAAUCCGAGUUGCAGAUGCUGGCAAGCCUACGGCGGCAGCAGAAUGAAGAGUUGGAGGAGGCUGGGGCUUUGCAUGGCCUGAGUGCCUCCCAGGUUGACAACUGUAAUGUCAGCAUAAGCACCAGCAGUGACGACACAACCACCUGGAACUCCUGUCUGCCACCUCCAGUCAACCAGGGUCGUCACUAUCAGAAGGAAAUGAAUCCACCCUCUCCUUCUAACCCCCGACUAAAGCUGGUCCUUGGGCUCUUUGGGCGUUUCUUCUCCAUCUCACACUGCCAUAAACGUUCUCCUCGAAUAUCGAAUAUCGAAUAUCGCAAGUCUUCCAGGAAAGAGGGUGAAGACGAGCUGAAUGUGGAAGAGGAUGAGGAAGUGCUGACUCUGUUGUAUGACCCAUGUCUGAACUGUUACUUUGAUCCCCAGACUGGGAAAUACUACGAGUUGGUGUAAUCCCUCCUUCCAGGGCAAAGAAUGCCCCCCUCGGUUGGAGCAGUAUAGCAGCUCAGAUUCUGUUAAGGAGGCACCACAAUUUGUGUGUUGGGCCGACCCGUGGAAUCAAAAGUCACUGAGAGAAGUGAAUUUAUUUUGUAAAUAAUGUUCAAUGUUAAGCAUCGCUACUUUCUUUUUGUAGAUGUGUGUGAUCUUGGAACUGUGAAGGAAUUAAUACAAAGACAAGAUUUUAGGGCUUUGAAUAGGUUCUUAUUUGUUGGUUCUCAUCCUACAUAUAAUUUUUGUUUACUUCACAUAAUUUUAUGUAAAAUGAAUUAAGAGUUAUUAAUUCAAAAUGUUUGCAGUGUUAAUCUGUAAAUGAUGGCCUGAUAUACAGAAAAAAUGUAUUCUUGUUUAAAAGAUAUUUGGGUAACUUUUAUUUUAUUACAUAUUUGUAUUAAAAAUAAAGUCUGAUGGUAAAAAGAAUAGCUUUUCAACUGCUUCUUUUUAUUCACCCCACUCUCUUUACCAGAAUAUUCCUGGAUGAUAUUUACCUACUCAGAC